UUUCUUUCAUUCUGAAAUAUUUCUAUAGUUUCAGAGUAGACAAACCCCCUAAACAUGACGUUCUGGCAGGAAAACUACGCCUUUAUAAAGGAUGUUUAUGAUUCAAGAAGUCAGAAGAUGGUUGAAGUUAUGGAUAAAACUGAGAAAUCAAUUGGAGAGGUGAUGGCGGAUAAAAUCUACACCUCCAACGAAUUUGCAAAAGUCAAGGAUGUGUUCACGGGCCUGGCUAAGAACCUUGAGCAGAGUGAGGUGAAAGACUGGUUGGAGAGCACCAAGGAGACCCUCAUGGGAGACAAAGAUCAGAAAGCUAAAGGAGAUGAGGAUAAGAAGCUCACAGAACUUCUAGAAAGGUAUGGAAGACUGAUUCCUAAAGUUAGUGAGACCAAGUUGGUUGUGGAUUCUCUCUGGAAAGCCUAUCAGUUUACGGAUGAGUUAUCCCCUCAUAUGGAUUGGCUGGUUGAAAAAAAAGUCCUUGCAACCAGGGAUAUAAACAGUAACAGUGCUGGAGAAACUGAAGAUCUGAUAGAAAGACAAGAAAAGGUUUUGGAUCAACUUGAUAAAAAGAGAAAGGUUAUCAAUGAUCUGAUAACUAAAGGAACCAAACUAAAGGAUGACCCAAAGAGCCCGGCAUUUCUAGCAAGAGAAGUGGGAAACAUGAAGACUAUUUGGGAUGAAACUAACAAUUUAGCUCUAGACAGGCUUAACAGACUUAGAGAUAAUGUGAGUGCCUGGGAGAGGUAUGAGAACCAGAGGAAUGAUCUCUGCCAGAAACUAGAUGCAGCUGAAGCAGAGCUAAAGGAUAUCAAGAAGGUUUACGAUAUGUCAUCUGCUCCAGGUCUCCUACAGGCUAGGAUAAAAUCCGCAGCAACUAUUAGGAAGAAUAUUGAAGAUGUAUUCAAGAAUGUGAGUUCUGCUAAUGAGAUUGUUCAGACUUUACUAACAGAAGAGAUGAAAGCAGAACUUAUGGACCAGGUGAACGAGCUGAAGGGUCGGAUGGAGGUAAAUAAUCAGAUUGACGAGAAGAUUAAGAGCAUGGAAUUGUUCAACACUAACCUUAAAGCUUAUGAUGAAACACUCCAGGGUAUGGAAGGAUGGUUAGGAGAGGGGAGGAAGAGAAUGAAUGAACUACUGAACCCAACCCAACCUGUGGAGCCGGAGGAAGGAGUACUAAACACAAUGGAACUAGGAGAAGAUAUCAGGAAACAAAUUGAAAUCCAUACUAAACAGCAAACAAAAUGGGAUGAAGAACUUGCUCCAACACAACCAGGAGAAGAUACAGCAGAUUCACAAGCUAUUGUUGGAAGAAUGAAUGCCGUAAGCGAGGCCCAGAGCACAUUAAACACCGAGGCUGAAAGCGAGGCUGCAAAGUUUGGCGAGGAUGUAAAAUAUUUGGCGGAUUUCACAAACAGUACCAAGAAGUUUGAACCCUGGAUUAAGAAAGCUGAGGAAAAGGUAAAAACAGGAUUAGGUAAGCCAAGCAACCUAGAGGAUGCUCUAACCCUGAUAGAAGAAUGUAAAAACUUCCAGCAAGAAUGCGUAUCAAUGAAGAAGAUAAUUGACGAUGGAAUUGCGUCAGCGCGUAAAAUGGCGCGACACGACGAAGCAGAUAAACAAAACGCAGGAUUUGAGAAGAGAUGGUCUGAUGUAAACAAGAUGUCUGGGGAGUGGAUACUGAGAAUGGAAGGUCUAAUCACUAUGUGGAAACAACAAGCAGAGACGGCUGAGAAGGUGAAUGCUGCGAUCUCAGCUCCAUCUAACAGUGACAUGAAACUAGAAGAUCUUGAAACUCAUCUCAACGCUCUCAAGAAAAUGUUUAUUGAGAAACAGAGAAUGAUUGAUCAAAUGAAUAUUGUUGCUUAACUUUAUCUAACAUUAUAAAAUUGCCAUAUCAAGACUAAUUCUGCUGGUAAAUCGAUUUAAAAAGAGUUCAACCAUAGAGCAGCUAGAAGCAAGCUUAUUGUUAUCAUUUUAAAUUCUUUCCCGUUAGUUUUGAAUCUAUAAGGCCUGAUAUAUACUGGAGACAA